UCUAGACAUUGCGGCGUGAGCUCGUCGCAAAUAUAAGCGAGUGUGUUCUGCUCAUUUCCACCCCUGGACGGUCCGUGUUUCCACAUGUUCAAAACAGCGCCGUAAACGAGAAAUAACUCAUCCCUCGUCGACGUUUCUCCUCCGAAGUAGGCUUCGAACCAUGAAGCUCGAUACCAGUGGUCUCCAAUCAUUUGUCCCUCUCAGCGCGCCCAUCGACGAUCUCUGCCCCGAUCUCUCUGCCCCGCCGACCUUCGAUCUCCCCCGCUCUGCCGAUUUUGAUGGAUUCCAGAAGGACGCGAUUCAGAUGGUGAAACCAGCGAAAGGGACCACCACUCUUGCUUUCAUCUUCAAGGAAGGGGUUAUCGUUGCAGCUGAUUCUCGAGCUAGCAUGGGAGGAUAUAUUUCUUCUCAAACUGUCAAAAAAAUCAUUGAAAUAAAUCCAUACAUGAUUGGAACGAUGGCUGGAGGUGCCGCAGAUUGCCAGUUUUGGCAUAGAAAUUUGGGCAUCAAGUGCCGCCUACAUGAGUUGGCAAACAAGCGAAGGAUUUCGGUUGCAGGUGCUUCAAAGCUGUUGGCCAAUAUUCUAUACUCAUAUCGUGGAAUGGGCCUUUCGGUUGGGACCAUGAUUGCUGGAUGGGAUGAAACAGGGGCCGGUUUAUAUUACGUUGACAGUGAAGGGGGGAGGCUUAAAGGCACAAGAUUUUCUGUUGGAUCUGGGUCACCAUAUGCAUAUGGUGUGCUGGAUAAUGGGUAUCGGUAUGAUAUGUCAAUUGAGGAAGCUGCAGAGCUGGCUCGCCGUGCCAUUUAUCAUGCAACCUUUCGUGAUGCAGCUAGUGGUGGUGUAGCCAGUGUGUAUUAUGUUGGACCCAGUGGCUGGAAAAAGCUCUCAGGAGACGAUGUUGGGGAGCUUCACUUCAGAUACUACCCAGUUGCUCCAAACCCCACCGAGCAGGAGAUGGCUGAGGUCUCACCGGCCUGAGGGCUCUACCCAUUAGAUUGCUCUGUUUUCAACAACCUGAUCGAUCAUUCUUUUUUAGUUAAAUUGGAAACUCUAGUUCUCACUGACUCAAUUUAUAAUCAGGCCAACUUUGUUGCUUGAUCUGAAAACUUGUUUUUGAAUUUAAAUAUUUGAAUACUAGGCUUUUACUUUGAUUGUUAAAAUAUGUGGAGUUACUUCAUUCCAAUGCAUUCAAAACCAACAACUGCCGUUCAUUUUCAAAGCAAGCAGAUUGCAUUUUUCAGA